AAUAUUAAUCAUAUGUGCAAUUUCAAAAACUCAUAACCUUUACAUUUAUCAACAUUACUAACAACAAUUUAAACAACAAAUAAAACAAUUCUACCCCGUGACGUUCUGUUUAUAUGAUUUGCUCAAAAAGCGAACAAAAUCAUAAAUAAUUCAAAAUCAUCGUUACGUUUCACAAUCAAACAUUUGUUUGUAAUAAUUCCUAUCAAAAAUGAGUAUUAUGAUGUACAUGUUGCGGCAUGCAAUCCACCAAAGUCCUUACGCACCAAGAGUAGUAGCAGAAGUAGAUUAUGUUGUCAGAUCAUCCUCAUCUGAAAAACAACCAGAGAGCGACCGCAUGAAAGAAUUCCGCAAGAAACUCCGCGAAAAACCAAACAUCGAAGGCCUGGAACACAGCAAUGCUGCAGCCUAUGAAGAACUAGAACCUCUCGAGAAACACCCGGGUGGUGUAAACCCUGUCACCGGCGAAAUUGGGGGACCCGCCGGGCCAGAACCGACGCGAUAUGGCGACUGGGAGCGUAAAGGACGAGUCAGCGACUUCUAAUCACCAGCAGUAUACACAUAAUACAAUUAUUUAUCAAUAAAAUAUCAUAAAUAAACAUGUAAAAAAUAUUAAAUUACAAUUAUAUGCAUCAAAUUAC